AUGUCAAAGAUCAGGGUAUCACAGCCUCAUCUAAGGAGGACCAUAAUACGAUACCUUUCCAAAAGAAGCGGAGAUGAUGGUUUCAGUAAUCCGUCAUCGAUAAAUGAGAAUGUGGUAUUAGCUGAUGCCUUAAAUCUAUUAUCACCAGCCAAACACAACGAACAUACUCAACAACAAAGAUACACAGCCGAUUUUAAACCAUCUUUAUAUAAUAACUUAACUAAGGGUCCUGCAUCUGAGCAAUUUAAAGUAGAGGAUUUUACGCAUUCAUCAUCUAAAGCUUAUAAUAAUGGAUCUCGCGAUCUGCUCAAAGUGAACGAAUUGACCAACAAAUAUGUUAAUACGUUAUUGUUUGGGAUCAAAUCAUCUAAUAUAAUUAAUCGAUUCAAUCUUGAUUUAUCAAGUAUGUCACCAAAGGAAUUAUCAAACUAUAUUAAAUCCAUAACAGAGGAAGAUAAAUUAAUGGAAUUGAUUGAUUUAUUAUAUUCCCAGAAUAAAUUGAAUAUAAAGAAUUUAACUGAGAUUGUAUUAAAUCCAGGGUUUAAAGAUUUUAGUAAAUGUUCAAUUGAUUUACUCAAUAUUAAUAAAAACUACAUCAAGUUUGACAGUCCGAUCCAUUAUACACAAUUCAAUAUUAUCUUAUUAAAGAAGUUUUAUGAUUUAAAAGCUCCAUUACAGAUUAUUAAAAAUCUUAAAUCUAAUUUCGAUAAGUAUUAUUUCCCAUUGAUUAAAGAAAAGAAGUUGGCACCAUUUUAUGAACGGAUUGUUUGGAAAUUUCAAUUUCAAUAUAAUCGAAAAGUACAAAAAUCAAAUUUAAAUGAAUUAUAUUAUAUGAAUGAAUUAAAUAAUUUACAAUCAUCAUUUUUAAUAUGGGAAUCUUCAUCAUCUUCAUCUUUAACGUCCUACGAUAUUAAUAGAGUCAUCAUAAAUUACAUGUUAACAGAGCAAGCUUCAAAGUUAACUGCUUUACAAUUAUUAUUCUUAAAGAUUUGUAUUCAAAAUUUAAAUCAUUUUGAAGAUGCAAAUACAGUUAACACGAAGUUAUUAUCCAACUUGAAGAGAAUAUCUAUCAGAUAUCACAUUUACAGUUUACAUCUGGUGAAUAAUGCUCAUAAUGAAGAGAAUUCAAGAUUAGUUCAUUAUUCCAUUCUUAACAAACUUGAAGAGUUCAUAUUGAAUGAAUUAAUCGAUCCAGUAGCUGCUACAUCUGCAGGUGGUGCCAUCUCAGAAGCUCAAAGCUUGGAUAAUAUCAAGCUAUUAAAAGAAAUUAAAUCUUAUAGAGAAUCAUACAUUUCUAGUUUAUUAAAUAACAGCAAUAGUCACGACCCACAAACUAACGAACAAGUUGACAAGGUGCUUGCACCUCAACCCAGAUACUCUCCUUUCUAA